AUGUUAAAGACCGUUCAAAGACAGGCCGCAUCGUCGGUAUUACGGCCGCUUCGAUCGCGCUUCGCGUCUCCCUCGACAUUCUACAUCGCCGAUAGACAGAGCCGAAGAGGUUACUCUAGCGAAUCUGGAGAACACGAUGUCGUUGUCAUUGGUGGUGGACCAGGCGGUUAUGUCGCUGCUAUCAAAGCUGCGCAGUUGGGAUUAAAGACAGCCUGUGUCGAAAAGCGUGGAGCUCUCGGUGGAACCUGUCUCAACGUCGGCUGUAUUCCCUCGAAAUCUCUGCUUAACAACUCCCAUAUCUACCACCAGAUAAAACAUGAUAUCAAGCAACGAGGAAUCGAAGUCGACAAUGUUCGCCUUAACCUCGAUCAAAUGAUGGCUGCAAAGGACAAAUCCGUCAAGGGCCUUACCGGCGGUAUCGAAAUCCUAUUCAAGCAGAACGGCGUCGACUACGUCAAAGGAACCGGUACCAUCACCGGCGAAAAUGAGGUCAAGGUCAAGCCAAUCGAUGGUGGCGAAGAGAUUUCGCUCAAGACCAAGAACAUCAUCAUUGCUACCGGAUCCGAGGCCACUCCUUUCCCAGGCCUUGAGGUCGAUGAGAAGAAAGUUAUUACCAGCACUGGGGCCAUCGCUCUUACUGAAGUCCCAAAGAAGAUGAUUGUCAUCGGUGGUGGUAUCAUCGGUCUUGAAAUGGGCUCUGUCUGGUCGCGAUUAGGAGCCGAAGUCACCGUUGUUGAGUUUUUGGAUGCUAUCGGUGGUCCAGGUAUGGACGCUGAUAUCGCCAAAAUGGCACAGCGAAUCCUCGGCAGACAAGGUAUCAAGUUCAAGACCUCCCACAAGGUUCUCUCCGGUGAUGCCUCCGGCGAAGGUGUCAAGCUAGAAAUCGAGAGCGUCAAGAACCAGAAGAAGGAUACCCUCGAAGCCGACGUUGUUCUCGUCGCCAUCGGUCGCCGUCCUUACACCGAGGGUCUCGGCCUCGAGAACGUUGGUAUCGAAACCGACGAACGUGGUCGCAUCAUCAUCGAUCAAGAAUACCGCACCAAGCAUGAGAACAUCCGCGUUAUCGGCGAUGUAACCUUCGGUGCCAUGUUGGCCCACAAGGCCGAAGAAGAAGGUAUCGCUGCCGCUGAAUUCAUCAAGAAGGGUUACGGCCACGUCAACUACGGCGCCAUCCCAUCGGUCAUGUACACCCACCCCGAAGCCGCCUGGGUCGGACAAUCAGAACAGGAGGUUAAGGCUAGCGGAAAGGAAUACGUUGUCGGCACAUUCCCAUUCCUGGCGAACUCGCGUGCUAAGACAAACUUGGAGACCGAUGGUAUGGUCAAGUUUAUUGCCGAUAAGGAAACAGAUCGGGUUUUGGGUAUCCACAUCAUUGGACCUAAUGCCGGCGAGAUGAUCGCGGAAGGUGUCUUGGCUAUUGAGUACGGUGCUAGCUCCGAGGAUAUCGCAAGAACAAGUCAUGCUCAUCCAACUCUGUCGGAGGCAUUCAAGGAAGCUGCUAUGGCUACCUACGACAAGGCCAUCCACGCAUAA